AUGGCCCAAAGAAGCAUAACAUCUUUCUUUAAGCUGACACCACCUAAACCUGCUGUGAAACAAGAGAAGAAGGACCAUGAAGAAAUUAAAACAGAAAGUGAUAAUGAAAAAGACAGCUCUCCUAAUACUAAUGGGAAUGUAAAGGCAUAUUCUAAAAGACCCAGACUAGAAAGCAGUGAGAGUGAUGGAUCACCUCAGAAAAAACAGACCAGUCCAGCUGUUAGUCUUAAUAAGAAAAGCAGAAUAAAACGUCAGCGCAUAGAGAGUUCAGGUAGUGAGUCUGAAAUGUCGCCCAAACAAGAGCAAGGUAUUGAGUCCCCAAAAAGUGGUGAAAAGGUCAUUAAAUCAGACCCUGACCCAUCAUCUAAGAGUAACGUUAAAGAAGCUGCUUUACCAAAAGCAAACUCAUCACCCAAAACCAAUAAAAAGAAUACGCUGGUCAAAAGUCCAACUACUAAAGAAAAAAAAACUCCAGCCAAACGGAAAAAGAAUGCAUCUUCCGUUAAAGAUGGCGAUGAUAGUAAAACAAUGAGAAGCCCAUCUCCAGUCAAAGUAAAGGUGGAGGAAGAUGAUACGAGUAACAAAGAAAAAAGCGAAGAGAAGCAGGCGGUGAAGGUGGAAGCUAAUAGUGAGAAUAAAGUUCUGGUUCCAGAAGCUGAAUACGAUCCGUCCAAGUCGAAGUACCACCCGGUCGUAGACGCGUGUUGGGCGGCGGGAGCUCCGGUGCCGUACCUGGCGCUGGCGCGCACGCUCGAGCUCAUCGAGGGCACGUCGGCGCGCCUCAAGAUCGUCGACAUCCUCAGCAACUACCUGCGCUCGGUCAUCGCGCUCACGCCGGAGGAUCUGCUCCCCAGUAUAUACAUGUGUCUGAAUCAGCUCGCUCCUGCCUAUCAUAGCUUGGAGCUCGGUAUAGCGGAGACGUACCUGAUGAAGGCCAUCGGGCAGUGCACGGGGCGGUCGGUGGCGCAGGUGAAGAGCGCGGCGGCUCGCAGCGGCGACCUGGGCCGCGCCGCCGAGCUGGCGCGCGCCACGCAGCGCACCAUGUUCGCGCCCGCGCCGCUCACCACCAGGGGGGUCUUCCACGCGCUCAGGGACGUCGCGCGCAUGACCGGUCAUGCGUCCGUAAACAAGAAAAUAAACAAGAUCCAGUCUCUGUACGUCGCGUGCCGACACUCGGAAGCAAGAUAUUUGAUCAGGUCUUUGGAAGGAAAGUUGCGUAUAGGCCUAGCAGAACAGUCGGUUCUUCAAGCGUUGGCAUUGGCCACUGCCACCACCCCGCCGGACCCUGACGGUGUUAAAAUACUGGACGCUUCCAAGGGGUUAUCGACCGAACAGUUCAAGGCACGGGUCGAUGAGCACGCUUUGAUAAUAAAGACGACGUACUGCGAGUGCCCCAACUACGAGUCGAUCAUCGCCGUGGUGCUGCAGCACGGCGUGGCGGCGCUGCCCCGGCACUGCCGCCUCACGCCGGGGGUGCCGCUCAAACCCAUGCUGGCGCACCCCACCAAGGGGGUCACCGAGAUCUUCGACAGAUUCGAGAAGGAGCAGUUCACAUGCGAAUGGAAGUAUGACGGCGAGCGCGCGCAGAUCCACGUGCCGGGAGACGACAAACCGGACCUGACCGAAGCCUCCAUCUUCAGCCGCAACCAGGAAAACAAUACCAGCAAAUACCCUGACAUCUUGCGGCGUCUGCCCGAAUUAUUGAAGGACACGGUGCACAGCUGCGUGCUGGACUGCGAGGCUGUGGCAUACGACACCGAAACUAAGCAGAUACUGCCCUUCCAAAUCCUGUCGACUCGCAAGCGCAAGGACGCGGCGGAGGCCGACAUCAAGGUGCAGGUGUGCGUUUUCGUGUUCGACCUGCUCUACUUCAACGGGGAGCCGCUCGUCAACCAGCCGCUGCUGAGGAGGAGGGAACUGCUGCGGGAACAUUUCCGUGAGAAAGAAGGGUCGUGGCAGUUCGCGACGUCCGCGGACUGCAGCGGCGUGGAGGAGGUGCAGCAGUUCCUGGACGCGGCCGUGCGCGGCUCGUGCGAGGGGCUCAUGGUCAAGGCGCUGAGCGGACCCAACGCGCGCUACGACAUCGCGCGCCGCUCGCACAACUGGCUCAAGCUGAAGAAGGACUACCUGGAGGGCGUGGGGGACACCAUCGACGUGGUGGUCAUCGGCGCUUACACCGGACGGGGCAAGCGCGCCGGGGCUUUCGGCGGGUUCCUGCUGGCGUGCUACGACCCGCACAGCGAGGAGUACCAGUCGCUCUGCAAGAUCGGCACCGGCUUCUCCGACGAGGAUCUCGCCACGCUCACCGCCACCCUUAACGAGCACAUCAUCGAUGCGCCCCGGAGCUACUAUAGGUACGACGCGAGCCACGCGCCGGACGCGUGGGUGUCGGCGCGCUGCGUGUGGGAGGUGCGCUGCGCCGACCUGUCGCUGUCUCCCUCGCACCGCGCCGCGGCCGGCCUCGUGCACGCCGACAAGGGCAUCUCGCUGCGCUUCCCGAGGUUUAUUCGCGUCCGCGACGACAAGGGCCCGGAGCAAGCGACUUCCGCGCAGCAGAUCGCCGAGAUGUACCUUGCGCAGGACCAGGUCAAGAACACCGCCAAGAACGAUAAGAAAUCCAAUAUCGAUGAUUUUUACUGA